AUUAUUUUUCAAUCUUUCAUGUAUCAUAAAUAUUAAACAUAUUCAUCAAGUACACUGCCGCUAAGGUCCCUAAUCUAGUAGUUGUAUUCAUGUAUGUAUGUAUGUCAUCAACUAACCUGGUAGGAACAUAAGAAGACUCCUACUUGCUCCUACUGUCAAAGUAUCCCAUUAACAAUAGAAAAAAUAUACAAAAUGGCAGAAAAUUCUAAUAAUCCGUAUGAUAUUAAUGGACAGCACUUCAACCCUGAUAUGUAUUUCCAAAAAUUAUUAAAAGAGUAUACAUUGAAACAAAUCAUGGAUCAUGAAGCAGAAAUUAUAAAAAAUACCCAAACUUUACAUUCGGAUAUGCAAACUUUAGUAUAUGAAAAUUAUAAUAAAUUUAUAUCUGCAACCGACACUAUUAGAAAGAUGAAAACUGAUUUCAAAAAAAUGGAAGAUAGUAUGGACUUACUGGCAAAAAAUAUGGACAGCAUUACCACGUUCUCGGAACAAAUUUCAUCUACAUUGCAAGGCACCAGACAGCAAAUUGCCAAAUUAUCUUCUGUUCACGCUCUUUUAAAAAAGUUGCAGUUCCUCUUUAAGUUGCCCGGUAAUCUAAAAGACAGAAUGAACGAAGAAAAUUAUGCACAGGCAGUGCAAGAUUAUAUUCACGCACAGCGUGUAUUAAAUCAAUAUGGAAAUAUGCCUUCCUUUCAAGGAAUACAAAAAGACUGUGAAGAUAUUUUAGAGGAACUUAAAUCAAGGCUAAGAAUGCAGUUUCAUAAAAGAGAUUCUUUAACUAAGUCUUUAGCAGAGAAUGUGGAUCUCUUAUUGCAGUUAAAAGAACCAGCUGAUUCUCUGUGCAUUGAAUUUUUAAUGCAUGCAGAUACACGGCUAACAGAACAAUUAGAUAUUCUGAAGGACAUGUGUGAAAAUGAUAUUAUAGAAUUUGUGGACAUGGCUAGUUCUGGAUUCCUUAGCGAUUCGUGUCUCAUCGUUGCAUCUUACAAUGACCUGUUUGUAAACAGACCACCAUCGUAUGAUAAUGACUUUACAGAUGAUUUUGAUACUAAAGCAACUGCGCGUUUAAACAAUUUCAUCAUGAAAAACAUGAAAAAAUACUUUGACUUAGUCGGGAAGAGAGUGGAGAACAUAACGGACACAGCAGUUUUAGCAAGAGCAUUAGAUAAGUUUCAUAGAAGACUACAAGCUAUAAACAUGUUGUGCAAAGAAACGGAUUUUGCAAGAACCGGUACAGACAUUAUCAUCAAUGCAGGUAGAAAACAAUGUCGUAAUCAUCUAGAUAAUUUAAAACAACACUUGAGCGAAUCGCUCGUUAAAGUAAGGCAAAUAUUGGCAACGAAAGUGUCUCAAGAAGGAGAUGGUAGCUUGGCAGAACUUCAAGCAUUACUUAUCAUACCUACCAUUGAAAAAGUUAAAGGUGUUUUACAAGAUUUAUUGGUCUUCCUACAACCGGAUCUGUCGUUCAAUGCAAAAAUACAAUUCCUCCAAAAUUUUUGUGUGGAUGAAGUUAGAGAAGGGCUGGUAGUUGGAUUUUUACUUCAUUUAAUGGCCACUGCAAGUGGAUUUUGUAGUGGAUCUGAUGUUCCAAAGUUCCCGCCCACUCUUUUACUUCUAUUAAGUAAAAUGUGCAUCGAAUAUAAAGAGAACAAUGUCAAAUAUCUGCUUGCAACAACCGACGAUUUAUUCAAUAUCGAACGGUAUACGUCGUCUGGAAACGCGAUUACAACGGACUCGGAGAUAUGCGAAAAUUUCCAGGCAGCGGCACAGAAUUUAUUAAAUCAUUACGUUCGUAUUCAGGGCUUAGCAGUGUCGCAAAUGUUAAGAAAAUCUGUCGAGACAAGAGAUUGGCUGCACACGAUCGAACCAAGAACGGUUAGAGCCGUAAUGAAGAGAGUCGUGGAAGAUGUAACAGUAAUUGAUACUCAAGUCGCCGCUUUGUACGACGAUUCUGACGGUCAAAUUGAUAGAAGUAGCGACAGUAGUAGAAAAACUCACAGCGUGAGCGUAUCAAGGCAUCACUACAAAUCUAGUUGGUCGUCGUAUACGCCCAGCCACAUAGAUUCCUCUUUGGUGACGAAUAUACAUAAAUUGUUCUCGGAACGAAUCGAAAUAUUUUCAUCGGUACAAUUUAACAAAGUGUCCAUUCUCACCGGCAUUGUCAAAAUAAGUUUAAAGACAUUCCUGGAAUGCGUCAGACUACGAACAUUCAGUAAAUACGGGUUGCAGCAAAUUCAAGUCGACACUCAUUAUUUGCAGCUAUAUCUGUGGAGAUUCGUAUCGGACGAAAACGACGUCCACUUCAUGUUGGACGAAAUACUUGGAAGUGCUGUUCAUAGGUGUUUGGAACCAGUUUUGAUGGAACCAAGCGUCGUCGAUAUUAUAUGCGAAAGAGGAUGAACAUAGAAGCGACGUUGACUUUGAUCAUUAUGCAUAAUAUUGUUGUUUCUGAUCGCGUACUUUACAGUUUUGUCUAGUAUUGUUUGUAAAAGUAACACUGUUAGCUAUUUACGGACAAUAAUACUGUGCAUAUUCUUGUAUAUUUCGUAUGUAAAUAUUUUACCAUCGAUACUGUACAUUCAAUGAAUAUACUUCGUG